ACCGGGCCCGGGCGGGACUGUGCGGGGAGAGCGGGCGCUCGGGAAGGCGCGUCCUCUGCCCCGAGGGUGGGUCGGGAGAGGCCGAGCCGGGGCUGCCCCCGCCGAGCCCUCCCUGGGCCUCCCCACCCGGCUCCAUCCCGCAGGCCCCCCCAGCCCCAUGUCCCGGCCCCGGCCCGCCGGUGUGCCCGGAGGAGCCCUGCAGAGCCCGUUCUGAGCCUCCGAGCCCACGCUGGCAUCACCCAGGCGCUGCGGGAGCGUCCUGCCAACCAGUGGCCUGUGCCAGGAGCGCUGCGGGUCCCAGCGCGUCCCCCAGGAGUGUGUCCCGUGAGGAAGCUCGCUGUGGGGUGCACAGGCUCUCUGGGGCCUGCCUGUUUGCAGCCGGCUUUCGCUUCUAUUACAACGUGCACUGCACAAAACAAGACCCAACGGAUCGAUAUUGGGAUGUCCUGUCCCCGAUGAGAUGCCACGGCCUCUCCGUUCCACACCAGAAUACCCCGUGAGGUGUCCCAGCUGUUCCUGGGCAUUCUGCACCCUGAAGUUGAUCCAUUUUUCAGCCUGUUGAGUGGAUUAAGCUUCACGCCCUGGUUGGCUUCGCUGUGCCUGCUGCUGCUUGUGCACUUUGAAGGUGGCACGUCUCACCGCUGGCCGCGGCGCUGCCGGAGUGCUUCCCCACCUGCCUCCCCUCCUCCGUGGGAGACCCCGUGCCUGUCGCAGAACAACUGCAUUAUCCUCCUCCAAAUCCCGUUUCUGCCGUGACGUCUGCAGAACACUUGACUGAGAUUAGUCUGUCAUGUGGAGGCUCUUACCCCCCCGCUGACCUGUGUUUCUCCUUCUGCGGCUGCUUUUGGCUUGUGCCUCUUCCCUGCUGGUGCAGCCAGUGGCACAGACACCGGGUCGGCGUCGGCACUUCUGGUCUGUGGGGUUGUGGCGAACCUGGGGUUCUGGGGGAUGUCGCACAUGAGUAUUGCCUUGCUGUGUCUGCUCAGGCACUAACUGUUCCAUCAUGGCUUUCUUGCCUGCACACUUCUCUCUCUGACAUUGUCUCUGACAUCGUCUACAUUUCUCUGAAAAAGAUUAAAGGAUUUUCUCUGAAUCCUCCUUAUUAUUUUGAGAGAGGUAUCAGUGAAGCUAAAGAUUUUAUAACUUCUCAGCGCAGCAUCCAGCUGUGGAGCUGGCGAGGCCACCAGCUCAGCGUGAUGGGAUUGGAGCUCUCUCAGGUGUCAAGGGUUGUUUUUCCAGUAGUUUGGACCUUUCUGAAGCACCCACUUGCCUAAUGCCAUGAAUAUUGCAGUGAACAAUGCGGAAGAAAAAGCUGUCCAUUCCUGGUCGAGAAUUUCCUCUGCGGGACAGAAGGUGCUGGAGGAAGCCCUCCGAGUCUUCAACCCCAUGUCCAAGGACCUUUCGGACACAGAGACUCAGCUGGUGGCCUUCAUUCAAAGCCUGAAGGAGGAGGGCUACCAGCCCACGAUCCUGAGGAGUAAGGAUGUGUAUGGGUACAACUCGUGCACGGCAAACACCCCUGAUCAAACAAAAGAGAGUGCCCCUAACAGCUGCACCAACGAGACUGCCGGGAGCCCGCUGAGAACCGCCGCAGCCGUGGCAAAGGUGUCCACUCCACCGGCCGGUGUUUCCUUGAACUCUUCGAAAGUCUCUGCUCAGCCUGUCUCUAAAGGGGCUUCCAAAAAUCUCCUGCUGAGCUCCUUGAAGCAGACGAGAUCCCGCACGUCCAAGGCUGCGGCGGUGGGUUUCCCCUCGAGUAUGUAUCCCGACGUGUAUCCAGCCAUGAGACUGUCGGUGGUUCUGGAAGCUCUGGUGCCGCUGAAAACGACUGUGUCCUGCUUGGAGUCCAAGUACACGCGAGGGGGUCUUGGGAUCUCGCCCUCCGACCUUAAACUCCUCAAGGCUUCAAGUCCGCCGAGGCAGUUUUCUUCAGGCAAGACCACUAAAAUAACAGAAGGUAAGGGGUACAAACAUUUGAUAAAGAAAGCACCAGAUUCUGCCACCCUUGCUUUAAAUCUUCUGAAGGUGCCAAAGGGUGGUGUCCUGAAGGAGAGCAACGCUUGCAAAGCCUCGGGAGUCCUCAACGGGAGAAUCACAGGCACCUCCUCCCAGGGCUGCACUGCAGCACCGCAGUCCAAGGCCUUGAAAAUCAAAAAUAAGGAAGCUCUGGUGGGGAAAACAAAGCGGAAAGACAGCAGCACUUACCGGGAGAGCACUGGGGAGAAGAAGAGAAGAGCUACGGAGGCAAAAGAAGCACCGCAGAGGAAGAAAGCAAAUACCGUUCCUGUCCAGAACAAAUCUGGACGGGCUCAGAGCAAUUUGAACCUGCUGAAAUUCUGGGCCAUCAAGGUGGGCAACUCUUCCUCUGAUGAUGAAGUAAGGAGGAGAGCGCAGAAGAUUCUUAGGGUCAACCUGUCUCCUGUGAUCCGAAUUCAGCCCUUGUCCCACUCUCACAGCGUCCCCUGACUUUCUUCACUUCGUCACUUUUUUUUAAUUUGUAAGUAAAUAAACACAAGCCCGGCACCAGCGUGCGCGUAAGUUUUAAGAGCAACUCUGGACCUCUGGUGCCUGGUGACAAUAUGUCAACUAACCCGCAGACGGAGCAGCCUGCUCUCACGCUGCUCCUGCCGCUGCUACGCAGGACCCACUGCAGAAAUACAACCCCCCUUCAGGAACGCGGGGUGGGGACUCUGCCCGCGGGGAGCCGAGGAGGUCGGGGGGCUCGCUUCCCGUGGGUGCUUUUCUGAACGUGGCCAUCUGCGCUCUUGUGUGCAGGGGGAGAACACGGGACUUGCUCAUGACAUUGAUGCACUGUGAUAUUGCUCUUUUUCCAAGCUGUACGUUUACUGGUUUUAUUUUGAUCAAAUUUUAUAACUUUAUUAUCUAUAAAUCUAUAUAUCCAUAUAUGUGCAUAUGGCCCAGGAACUGUGGAAAGACAGAAUUCCUCCCUCCCUCUGGGAUUGGGUUCAAUAGCUUUUUUUCCGCCUCUCCUUCAACCGGUCUUUUGUUGAAAGGUGCCAGGAUUUCCUUGUGAUUCAGUGUUGUGACAGUCUGUUCUGGGCUCUCUCGAGCAGCUCAGAGUUAGAGCCACUUGUUCGUCUCCAGAAAUGCCAAGUCAUUUGGAGAAUUACCAGCUGGUUGACGAUAGUUUUGAUCAUACUUUUGGUAUUACCUCCGGGUUGGAGCGGGGGAGUGUUAUGGGGCCGUUUCCUGCAAGUCUGCCUGAUGUCUCUAGGUGCCUCCUCUGUUCAUUGAGAGCAAAAGCUCUGAACUGGUAGGAGUUUGCUUCCAAAGAGCGAUUCCUCCUCAGCACCCAGCGUUGCUCCGCUCUCCUGUGCCCCAGGUGCAAACGUAGAACGUGAACUGUGACUGGUAGAGCCAAAGGGCUGAGAGUUGUUAAUAAGAAUUGCAUGAGCCAUCCUGCCCACCCUGUAACUGCGUUGCUGUUGCUGGAUGUUUCAGGAGUAGGUUUGAGGUGUUGAUAGAAGAUACAGGCUGUGUUUGAAUGUAUUGGUUACAUCUUGCCAGUCCCAGAGCGCAGUGGGGUAUUUGAGCCUGAGUUAAAGCAGAAAAGUGGAAAGGUGGAGAGGAUUUAUGCCAGCACUUAUGCAUAGAGAGUUUCUUUCUGUCAGUUUGUGGGGGUGAAGCAGAAGGAGGGGAGGUGGGCACUGUGUUAUGAUGGGUGACAGCUCUGCUGUGCUGUCCGGGAUGUUGUGAGGAGGUGUGUGGCGGGUGUCAAAGCUCCCAGAGCACAGGCUAUCCUGUCCCCAGAAGUCACUGCAGAGCCGCUGCGGGCAGCUGUGCUGACUUUCCUGCACUGGGGACACACUACCAGGUGGGAGCACAGGCUGUGCACUGGUGGAGGUUGCACUGCUCUCUGCAGGGAGCGAUUUGCAAGCUCCAGGGGAAACACCAUGUUGGAGUGGUCAGUGCUGCAGCUGUCAUCCACGAGGGACGAUCAUUGCCCUUGGGGUACUGCAAAAGCAGAACUUGGUGGCUCGGGGAGAGGGAGCAGUGUCCAGCCAGGUGCAGCCAUGGCUCUGUGCUGCCGGACGUUCAGAUCUCUGCAGCAGUGGGCCGGUAAACCACUUGUUCUCUCACCAGCUCAAAAUACCAGUUGUCUGACCCAGUAAUCUCUGUGGACAUUGGCUGAAGGGAUGAUCUCCCCUGGGCAGCCCCAGCUCCUUAUGUUUCAGCCCCUCCAUAGCACCUGGCUGGAUUUCAGCACUUUGGAACGGGGCUCAGCAUCUGAUCCCCUGCUCAGAGAGGAAAACUGGCACGGAAAGGAGAGUGAGAAGGUGGGGAAGUUGGGCAUCCCAGGGCUCAGCCAGAGCUCUACCCCCUCACCCAAGUAGAACACAGUGGAGGUUCUCUCUCUCGGGGGAUGAUUGGAGGCUCUGAAACACACACUGGAAUCCUGCGUGGCUUUUCUGUGCAUGUCUGAGUUGCUGUCAGAGAUCAUAACUUGCAGUGUUUGAGACUGACCUGUGAAUGCCGCUGGUUGGCUGCAGAGGAGGAGGAAAUAUUUUCUUCUGCUUCUGUGUUUUAAAAUGCUCUGGCAGAGAGUUCCCUGUCCUGACAUGAUGCUGGACAAACAGGGAUCCUCUGUCACUGUUAACUGGCCAAAAAUUGCUUUGUACCUUUUGUUCCCACUCCUUCAGACCUUUCUCAUUCCCACGCUCUCAAAUGCCAGGUCUUGAAGUCUUGCACUGAAGUUUCUCUUUUUGGCUGUUUCCUGAGCAGGGCUCUGAACUCCUGCCUGCGGUAUGGCUGUCUGACAGGCCGCUCAGCAGCUUCCCCUCUUCCCAGCCCCUUAUAAGGGCACCGAGAGCUCUCUGGAGCCUCUUUGUGCAGUGCAGACAUCCCAGCUGAGUGCCCGGCCUCCAGUGGGACAAACAACCGUGCGCCAACAUGGCUGAAUUCGGGUUAAGGUUGCGUUUCCUCCAGCCUGGGCAGGAAGCCGAGCACCUGCAGCCACAUCCCACCUCUGCGGUGUGUUUGUUCCCUGGCUGCACUGCUGCCUGCCUCCCCAAUCUCCAUCACCUCUCAUCUUUCACAGCUUGAGUCUUUGCCAGUCAAAGAUUUGGCUUGUGCUGUUGCUUAGCCCAUCCAGCACAACACACUGCCUUAGCUCCGUGGGAAGGGAUGAGCAUUACAAAUGCUUCUGUGUCGCUGAGGCUCCUGCCAGGGAAGUAAGCACCCCAUGGCUCUGUGCUCGGGGACUUGCCUGUCAUCAGUCCAGUCUCUGUCAGCUUCUCUGCACGUUUCUGACUGGGCAGCGCUGGAGGUCAAUUCUCUGCCCUCCUCAUGUUUCCUCUUCUCCCUCACAGGUGAUUUGGGAAUUUGGCUGGAAGGAUUAUCAUAGAGUCACAGGAUAGUUUGGGUUGAGGGAACCUUCAAAGCUCCCCCAGUGCCCCCCCUGCCAUGAGCAGGGACAUCUUCACCACCAGCUCAGGUUGCUCAGAUCCCCAUCCAGCCUGGCCUGGGAUGUCUCCAGGGAUGGUUCAUCCACCACCUCUCUGGCCAACCUGGGCCAGUGUUUUGCCACCCCCAUUGUAAAAAAAUUUCUUCCUUGUGUCUAGCCUGCUCCCAGCAUCCUGGGCCUUAGAUGCUGGUGUGUGGAAGGCUGCAGAAGGGGCUGUGCUGUGGACGCUGCUGUCUGGUGUUUCGGGAAGGUGAAGGGUUUGAUCAAACCAGACCUAAGACCUGAUCUAAUCAGAACUCUCCCUCCAGAGGUCCCUUCCACCCUGUUUAUUCUGGGACAGCAGAGAACCGCUUGCCUGCUGGGGACCUGCGCAGCAGUAACUGGCAGGGCACAUAGAAAUGCCUCGCCUGGAGGGCCGUGGUCUCUGCUGAGUGUGCUGUAUGCAGGUUGUUUAGACCUGUUUCUGUGUUAGUCACUUUGAAUUCAUCCAAGUGCCUCACCUGGCCUACGCUGUUCCUGGGCACCAUGGCAGCUGAGAGCUUUGGGGACUCUCUUAGGAAUUCUUUUACUGCGUGGAUUUGUGCCACUGUCACUUUGAGAAAUGAUUCAGCCAGCGGUCAAAGGGCUGUUCUUCCGACUGAGUUUGUGGAAAUCAUUUCUCCUUUUAUUCAGCUGCCAAGAAGCGAGAGUUUAUGCUUCGCCUCCACCAGACAAGGUCCUCGAGCUUCCUGCAUGCCUCAGAUGUCCAUCAGUGAGGUCCGUGGGGAGAGCAGCUUGGCCAGCAGGCAGCCGAAGGGCAAGCUGACAUCAGAUGCCAGUUGGAAUCACAUUGUUAAUUGGUAGAAAUGUUUUGAAGCUCAUGUCCACUGUGAUCAUAUUUCACCUUCUGCCACUGCUUUCAGUUGGAGAAAUUUCUCCUCAGCCUCUUCCCUGCAAGCCAUGGAGCAUGAUGCUGCUGCUUCCAGAUGGUUUUCCCCAUCCCCACAGAACCUGCUGCCGUAGUGAUCCUUGUACAGAACUUUGUAAGCACCUUUCUGCAAAAUAAGAAGGGAUUAUUUUGUUACUCCUGUUUUGUAGCCCACUGGUGGUAUUUCAGCGUGGGGAGGAGGUGUGUGCUCUGUGAGCAUUGUGAGCGCUUACUUGGCUGGAUCAUUUUCAGACCUGAACUGAAGCUGCCCCUGUCCUGCUCCGUGUUCCCCAGGCCCCUUUCGCACACCAGCAGCACUUCCCCACUGGCGGAGCUGGUGGGAAUCCCCCUGCUCCAGCUGUGGCAAGAGGGGCUGGGCGGUUUGGGUUUUUUGGGCUUGAGGACAGAAUUUGGGCAGUUUCAGUUGUGAUUUGUGCUGUGUUCAAGGCCAGACCUUGCCAGCAUGUGGUGGGGUGCAGCCACUCCAGCUGCUCCCUGCCCUGGGUCCGUGUUCCCUGCCCUGCGUGGGAGCUGGGCCUUUGGCCAUGGCACAAGGGACACAUGGGGACAGAGAGCGGGUUUGUCUCUCAGCUGCAGCUGGACAGGAUGACGCGAGCUGGACAGCUUCCCGGGCAGGAGGGCAGGUUUUGGUGGGAGGAUCCUUGAUUCGCUGUGGUUGGAAGAGUUGGUGCUGAGCUGCGCGGAGCAGCUCCCACUCAGGCAGGUUGGUUGGUUUGUGUGGGAGUGACGGUUUCUGUGUUGGUCUCCAGAGCUGCUCUGGCCUGUUGGCUGCUAUGGUCAGAUAGGGAUGGUGCUUGGGAGCUGAGGAAAGGAGGACUGUUCUGGGUUACCUCGGACCUUCUUGACGGUGCUGCAGCCCUUGGCUUUGUGAGCCGGGUGGGCUGGCACCACCCGUGGAGAGGUUCCAGGGCAGGUUGCUCCCUGUUCGGGGCUCUAUGCUAGAGUGCACCAUGCUCAGGUUUCCUUUCACAGCUUGCUCCUGCCUGGAGCUGGAUGCUGGUAGAAAAGUGCCGGGUGCUUCACUGGCUGGUGGAGCAGAGACCUUGUCCCAGAAAGCAGGAGAGCCAGCCCUGGAGCCUCACCCCCAGUGUCGAGUGAACCCUGUUAGUAGGUGUGACUGUGCUAGCACUCACAGGCCAGCUGCUGCCUCCAAAGCCCUGCUGCUGAGGUCAGACUGCUCCGUUUGCUUAGGAAAACCAAGGAGGUCUGGUAAAAAAGUGAGAAGCUGAGAUUAGAGGAAACCAAAGAUGCCAGUGGCACCUGGCCAGCCAGCUUCUGCUCCGGCUGCAAGAGAUCUGCCAAGAGAGGAGCCAGGUCAGUGCUGUCCCGUGGCACUGCCUGGCUCUGUCCCUGCCCGCUGUCCCAGCCCGUCCUGCCCUGUCCAGCAGUGCUAUGCAGGUGCUGGUGCAGCCGGCUGGGGGCACGGGCAAGUGGGGGCCCUUUUGGAGCAGGUGCCCCUCCUAACCCUCGGUAUCCAUCCAUCAGUCACACACACUGGCCCUGCUCAGUGGCCGUGGGGCAGGUCAGCCGCUCCAUGGUCCUCAGAGCCCCCUGUGUGUGCUGGCUGGUACCCCUGUCAGGGGCAUAGCGCUUCCUCCCUGAGCAUCCAAAAUACCUUCCCCUGCGGGGAUGAUUAGGCCUUGCCCCAGGGAGUCCCUUCAAGGCCUUAUUAUUGUCUGGGACUUUCUCCUUCUUGUCUUAAUUAGCCCUUUCCGCUCCUGUUGCUACAGACAACCCCUAUGAGAGUCCGGGGAUUCCCAUAGUUGCAGUCAGGCGUGUGGUGCUGUUGUAAAAGAGAAGGUGCUGCAAAGCCACCCCAGAAAUACCUCCCCUGCCCCGCCACUCUGCCCAGCCCUGGGACGGGACAGUGUUGGUGGGAAGGUGCAGUAUGCGACACUGAUCCCUCCCGGUUCCUGGUGCGGCACAGCAGCUGCUCUGGGCGACACGGGGGCUCUGGGUGGGCACAGCCCAGCCCCUUGCACUCGUCUCUGCCAACCAUUGUUUCUAAGAGCUGUCCUCACACCGCAGCAUGACCGACCUGCUCCGGCUGGGACUGGUGCUGCCAGCUCAGCCGCAGGCGUACCCUGGUGUUCGGGGAUCCCGAGCGAUGUGGGGAGCAGCGACCGCAGCCCACAGGAGGGCGAGUAACAAACUUUUGUAUGGUGAAUUUACAACAACUGACCAUCUUGUUCUUGAGUGAACUUUUUACUGUUUGAUUUGUUUGUGUAGAAUGUUUCCGAAGCUCUAUUAAUAUUUAAUGUUUAAUAUGAGGCUGGGCUGCUCCACACUCAGUGUUGUAUAUUUUGGAAUGGCAUUGUUUAGUGAAAAGACAGUGUUAGAAUUACUCUGCUCUCUGAAGGGAAUCGGACAAAAAACAGACUGUCUUUUUUCUUACAUGAAGUGAACUUUUUGUUAUGAAGUCCUAGCAGGUGUCCAGCCCUUCAGUAAAAUGGUGCUCAGAACUGC